AUGCAAUCCAUUGCCCAAGUCCAAAACGUCCAAAAGAUCAACGCCGUCUCCACCGGCAAGGUCGUCAACGAAAAGUCCAUGAUGGUCUGGAGACCGCACGGCAACAAGAUGUUCGAGACCUUCUCCUUCUUGCCGCCGCUCUCUGACGCCGACUUGUCCAAGCAAGUGCAAUACUUGUUGAACAACGGCUGGACUCCGUGCCUCGAAUUCGAGGACCCGGCGCACGCCUACACUGACGGUCACGGUAACUCCGGUUUGGACUCCUCCAUCAACACCAACUACUACGACAACAGAUACUGGGUCAUGUGGAAGUUGCCGAUGUACGGUUGCAACGACCCGUCUGAAGUCCUCACUGAAGUGAAGGCUUGCGUCAAGGCGUUCCCGAACUGCUACGUCAGAUGCGCCGGCUUCGACAACAUCAAGCAAGUGCAAUGCCACUCCUUCUUGGUGUACAGACCGAAGUUGUCCCCGAUGGAGGGUGGUGCUAGAGAUGUCGCCGACAGACAAAUCUAA